AUUUUGUGAAGCGGCUGUGGAGGUGUUGGCUGCAGUGGGCUCCGGGAAAGCCGUUCGGGCUGGGGCUGUCGGCCGCAGGGCUGAGGCACUCGCGCGGGGGGUAACUCGGGUCUGGGUUCUGGUGCCGCGCAAGCUCUCCCCGGAUUGACUUGGCCUCUGCUUCUUAAGAAAAUACAUCUCUUGUUUUACAGAUGGCUCAUUGCGUGACCUUGGUCCAGCUCUCCGUGUCCUGUGAACAUCUCAUUGACAAGGACAUUGGCUCCAAGUCUGACCCACUCUGCGUCCUUUUACAGGAUGUGGGCGGGGCCUGGGCCGAGCUUUGCCGGACUGAACGUGUUCGCAACUGCUCAAGCCCUGAGUUCUCCAAGACUCUGCAGAUAGAAUACCACUUUGAGACUGUCCAGAAGCUGCGCUUUGGAAUCUAUGACAUAGACAACAAGACACCAGAGCUGGGGGAUGACGACUUCCUGGGGGGAGCUGAAUGUUCCCUAGGUCAGAUUGUAUCCAGCCAGACGCUGACCUUACCCUUGAUGUUGAAGCCUGGGAAGCCUGCAGGGCGGGGAACCAUCACAGUUUCAGCUCAGGAGCUAAAGGACAGCCGUGUAGUAACCAUGGAGGUGGAAGCUAGAAACCUAGAUAAGAAGGACUUCCUAGGGAAAUCUGACCCAUUCUUGGAGUUCUUCCGGCAAGGCGAUGGGAAGUGGCAGCUGGCAUACAGAACCGAGGUAGUCAAGAACAACCUGAACCCUACCUGGAAGCGCUUCUCAGUCUCUCUGCAGCAUUUCUGUGGCGGGGACCUCAGCACGCCCAUUCAGGUGCGCUGCUCAGACUAUGACAGUGACGGCUCACAUGAUCUCAUUGGUACCUUCCAUACUACCUUGGCCCAACUGCAAGCAGUCCCGGCUGAGUUUGAAUGUGUCCACCCUGAAAAGCAGCAGAGAAAGAAAAACUACAGGAACUCUGGAACUGUCCGUGUCAAGACUUGCCGGGUGGAGACAGAGUAUUCCUUCCUGGACUAUGUGAUGGGAGGCUGCCAGAUCAACUUUACUGUGGGUGUGGACUUCACUGGCUCCAAUGGCGACCCAUCCUCACCUGACUCCCUGCAUUAUCUGAGCCCUACAGGAGUCAACGAGUAUCUGACAGCUCUGUGGAGCGUGGGCAGCGUGGUUCAAGACUAUGACUCAGACAAGCUAUUUCCUGCAUUUGGUUUUGGAGCCCAGGUGCCCCCUGAUUGGCAGGUCUCACAUGAGUUUGCCUUGAACUUCAAUCCCAGUAAUCCGUAUUGUGCAGGCAUCCAGGGUAUCGUCGAUGCCUACCGUCAAGCCCUGCCCCAAGUUCGUCUCUAUGGCCCCACCAACUUUGCACCCAUCAUCAACCACGUGGCCAGGUUUGCAGCCCAAGCUGCACAGCAGAGGUCGGCCUCGCAAUACUUCGUGCUGUUGCUUUUGACUGACGGUGCUGUGACAGAUGUGGAGGCCACAUGUAAGGCAGUGGUGGACGCCUCAAAGCUGCCCAUGUCCGUGAUCAUCGUGGGUGUGGGCGGUGCGGAUUUUGAGGUCAUGGAACAGCUGGAUGCAGAUGGUGGCCCUCUCCGCACGCGCUCUGGAGAAGCAGCGGCCCGAGACAUAGUGCAGUUCGUGCCUUAUCGACGAUUUCAGAAUGCUCCCCGGGAGACACUCGCACAGACCGUACUCGCCGAAGUGCCCACUCAGAUGGUUUCCUACUUCAGAGCCCAAGGCUGGGCCCCGUUAAAGGCACCUCCAACCCCAGGCAAGGGCCCCGCACAGGCCCCACAGGCAUAGGCACCCGUGGAGGAGUAGGCUCCAAUCAGUCCUCAGCCUGCAGCCUGCUCCAUCCUCAGGGCAGGGACCAAGCGUGCACAUUCUUUCCAUUUCAUAGUUGAUACUUUUAUAUGUACUGCUGCUGCUGCUCUUUGACAUUGCCUGCCUGCCUGGCACCUUUUCAUUCAGGAAAGAAAGACUAGUAAAGAUAUCACUCCUUUCAAAAUUAUAGACUGCUAGAGAGAGCCACACUUGCUUUGACCUUGGGCUUGUUGAGUAGAUCCCUUUGGUCUAAUAACCCCAUUCAAGGAUUAUGUUUAUGUCUAUUCGCUUCAGUCACAUACUUUGAAAAGACAAAGUUUGAAUAAUUAAGUAAACUUGUGGUUGUCCUUUCCUCCGGGGCGAGCUGAACUGGGGCUGACUAUGAACACGAUGGAAGGUGCUACAGUGUAAGAGGUAGCAAAUGAGAGAAGACAAUGUUUUAGAGUAAGGGCUGUUAGACUUCCUGUGCUAGCUCUGUCCCUCUGUUUCUUGGGGACAUUUGUGUAGCCCAGGCUGGCCUGCAGUUUACCAUCCUGCGGCAACCUUAGAGAUGCUAGAAUUACAGGUGUAUGCUACCGUGCCUGGAGUAUAGUCUUGAUUUUUUUACUUUUUUAAUAUAUGCUCUCAUAUAGCCCAGGCUGGCCCUACAUUUUGUUGCCAAGGAUAACUUGAAUUCCUGCUCCUUCCUAUUUGAGCUUCCCAAAUGCUAGGAUUAUAAGCAUGCCUCAACAGUUGCCCUUUACCAGCUCAACAGUUUGAUAGCUUUUUUUUAAUAUAAUGAAUGAUUUAAUGCAUGUUCAUUUGGGGAAAACUUUAUAGGACACAUCCUAACCACUUUGCCCAGACUGCCUUUUACAUUUUACAACUCAAGGUCCUGGAGUAGCUGGAACUACAGUUCAGUGUCUGGUUUAGCAAAACUGGUUUUGUUUGCAGACUGGGGGGAGGGGAGCUCCUAAAUGCAGGUAUCAGUAUUAUAUAAAAAUAGAAAAUGGGAACAAAGAUUGGUGGCUCAUGGUUAUAAUCCCAACACUCAGAAGUCUGAGGCAGGAGGGUUGCUCUGAGUUUGAUGUGAAUUUGAGGUACACGAGGAGUUUCAGGUCAGACAGAACAACUUUAAAAGCAAACAUGUGUGCUGUUUGUAUCUGGUUUGCAUUUAUAUUGGGUGCCUUAUCCACCAGAACUUACUGCCUCCUCUUUUUCAUUAUCUGUCCUUUUGUAAGAAUAUACCAGAGUUUAGCAGUUCCCUUCCCAACAGAGAUUCGAUUUACUGUGAUUACACACAUUUUUGAAGAGUUGGUUUUUCAGUAUGGAAAUGAGAGAUUGCAGGUGAUAUUUGCAGUGUUAGCAGUUAUUACAGGCUGCCUUCUGUAGAGGGGUGAUCUGACCUCUGAUAACCUGUGGGUCACCUUCCUUCCCCAGAUCUCAUUUCUAGUUUCCAUUUAUUUCUCUAUAUUAUUUCAUACACAUUUCCUUCUCAGUAACCUGUUCACAAACUGUAUGUUAGAGCUUUUAUUUUGUUCUUGACAUGUUGAAAGUAUUUUUCCCUCAUCUGUUACUGUUUCAUGUUUUUAUAUUCCAUAUGUAAAAUUAUUUUUAUAUAUGUUACCCUUUUAAAAAAUAUAUCUAUGUAUCAAUAAAAUUAAUAUAUCCACCUC